CUCCGCAACUCCCCACGACCUUGCCCAUUCUGACCGGUCAGCCUCCUCCUCAGCACUAAUCAUAAAACAUCAGCAAAACAAUAUCACUAUCGCGUCUACUCUCUCUUUUUGUUCGUUGUUACUGGGUAACGAUUUCAUCCGCGCCAUCCCCCAGCAGUCCCCUGCGCCGCCCCCCUCUUUAUGGAUCACGACGACUUUGACAGCGUCUCGUGGCGCCACGGGCCGGACAGCGAUACUUCCCGGCCUACAACCUCCGGAACAGAUGCAGAGGAAUCUCAUAAAUCUCAUUUCGACCCCAAUGGCAAGCGGCGGAUGAGCUCAGCAAGUGAGGCACCCCAGGCGGGGCCACACGCUGACGCCUUGGACCUCGCAGGUAUCGGAGACGGAGUGUUGGAAUGUCGGGUAGACACGCCUAUGAAGGAAAACGAAGGCACCAAAGAUGUAUACAUAUCGUAUCUGGUAUCCACGCAUACCGACUUCAAGUCUUUCCAAAAACCCGAUUUUACUGUGCGCAGACGAUUUACGGACUUCUUUUUCCUCUAUAACACGCUCUACCGAGAUUACCCUGCCUGUGCGGUACCGCCGCUGCCAGAUAAGCACAAGAUGGAAUACGUUCGGGGGGACCGGUUCGGGCCAGAGUUCACCACCCGAAGGGCUUGGUCUCUACAUCGCUUUCUAAAACGCUUAACUCUGCAUCCAGUCCUGCGCAGAGCUCCUUUGCUAGCUAUCUUCCUGGAGUCGGGUGAUUGGAAUGCACAUAUGCGAAUGCGAUCAUCCCGAACCUCAACUAGUGGAUCUGAUGCCGGCGGAGCGGGAAUAUUCGAUAAUUUUACCGACUCUUUCGUUAAUGCGUUUACCAAGGUUCAUAAGCCAGAUCGCCGAUUUAUCGAGGUGAAGGAAAAGGCCGACAAGCUGGACGAGGAUCUCAACCAUGUCGAGAAGAUUGUGGCACGGGUUGCCCGUCGGGAGUCAGACUUAGAGACCGAUUACAACGAACUGGCCACGCAGUUCCGCAAGCUUGUCCCGCUGGAGCCGGACGUCGAAGUACCGCUGCAAGUGUUUGCUGCUUCUGUUGAAGAAACGGCACGAGGAAUCAAGAAUCUGAAAGACCACACCGACCAAAAUUACUUGGGUUCGCUUCGCGAUAUGGAAGCAUACAUCUUAUCAGUAAAAGCACUCCUAAAGAGCCGCGAACAAAAGCAGCUCGAUUUUGAAGCCCUGGUCGAUUACCGGAACAAGGCGACGGCGGAGCGAGAAUCCCUCGAGUCGAACCCCUCUUCAUAUUAUGCCUCAAACCCUCUCACCUCAUCCCCGGCCUCUUUUAUUCGGUCGAAGAUGGAAGACAUGCGCGGGGUGGACCACGAACAGUCACGCCGUGAGCGAAUGCGCAAACUCGAUAUAAAGAUCGAGGAGCUCACCCGCGAAGUGGAAACCGCUAAAACCACCUCGGAGAUGUUUGAUGAAGAGGUUGUGCGCGAGGUUGCAGACUUUGAGAGGAUCAAAUCAGUUGAGUUUCGGGAUUCUAUGGGCGCCCUUGCGGAGCAGCACAUCGAGUUUUACCAAGGUGUACUUAACACCUGGGAACGAUUCGUUGCCGAGAUGGAGGGUGAUUUAGAAGAGAACGUUGACAACCCCCAUCACGCACAAGGGUGAGGCUGGAGGCCGGUAGAGAGAACUCGAAACUAAAAAAGAAACCCCGUUGUUGGGCUUAUAAAACGACCGCUUCAUGUCAACAAUCGGUAAUUAUCAAUAUCAGUAUCUAUCCACUCUACAAUUGAUGGCCCGUUUACUGUCCUUGGAGAGCGCAAUGCCGAUUCUGUUACGAUGCUUUACGGCGUAUAUAGGUAGCACUUAUUUAGGUAGUAGGUAGCUUCAUUCCAAUAUGGAUCGUUUCAUUACAGCCAUUACUUCAUCUCAACCGGUGAUAAUCUGAUCUGAUCCAUUCCUCGACCCACGUGGGCACCAGCCGGCUUAUCAAACAACCUUGGUUGCAAAAUGGCACCUCGUCAGUUCAGAAUCUAUCCUUUGCCUUCUGUGUCUCCGCACACUCAAAAUCAAUCGAGCUUGGUUCGCCCCUCGGAUCAGAAAUCG